UGUUUGUCUGGGCAUCUUUCUUGCUGCUUCCGGUACACAGAGGCUCAGCUGCUGGAUGGCCGGGGGUUACUUGUAUACCGAAGAGCCGUGACCGGGAGUUGUAUGUAGUGAUUCCUCAUCUACACUUAAGAUGGGACCUCGACGGAAAUACGUGAAACCGUGCAAAACAAAUGCUGAAGGCAUCGAAAACAAAUCCGGCGAUCCUAAGGAUUACAUGAACCAGCUGUCCCAUGAAGUGCUUUGCCAUAUAUUUAAAUACCUUCCCCUUCAGGAUAUAAUGUGUAUGGAAUGCUUGUCACGGAAACUGAAGGAAGCUGUGACCCUGUACCUGCGUGUAGUGAAAAUGGUAGAUCUUUGUGCUGGGCGUUGGUGGGAGUAUAUGCCCACAGGUUUCACUGAUUCCAGUUUCCUGAAACUGCUUAAAAAGAUGCCAGAUAUUGAACAACUUUAUGGCCUUCAUCCAAGGUAUUUGGAAAGACGCAGAGUUAGGGGCCAUGAAGCCUUUAGCAUUCCCGGUGUAUUAGAAGCUUUGCAGUCUUGCCCUAAUCUCCUGGGUGUGGAAACCUCACAUCUAGAGCUUGUAGAAGCUAUAUGGACAUACAUGCCACAGGUCCACAUUUUAGGAAAAUUUCGAAAUCGAAAUGGGGCUUUUCCCAUACCACCAGAAAACAAGCUGAAAAUACCAAUUGCUGCCAAAAUUCAGACCUUACAUUUAGUAGGAGUAAAUGUGCCUGAAAUCCCUUGUAUCCCAAUGCUGCGCCAUUUAUAUUUGAAGUGGGUGCGCUUAACCAAACCUCAGCCUUUUAAAGACUUCCUGUGCAUCAGUCUGCGAACGUUUGUAAUGCGGAAUUGUGCUGGGCCCACAAACUCAUUGAAGUACGUGCCACUGGUGACAGGUUUGGCUUCUGCUCGCAACUUGGAACAUUUGGAGUUGGUUAGAGUUCCCUUUCUUGGAGGGCUUAUCCAACAUGUGGUGGAGGACAGCUGGAGGUCUGGAGGGUUUCGGAAUUUGCACACAAUUGUUUUGGGAGCUUGUAAGAAUGCUCUUGAAGUGGACCUUGGCUACCUCAUAAUAACAGCUGCUAGAAGGUUACACGAAGUACGCAUUCAGCCCUCUCUAACCAAAGACGGAGUGUUUUCUGCACUGAAGAUGGCUGAGCUGGAGUUCCCACAAUUUGAAACUUUACAUCUGGGAUACGUUGAUGAGUUUUUGCUACAAUGUAAGAUGACUAAUGCUGAUCUCAUGAAGUAUGGCCUGGCAGAUGUGGCAGAGAACCCUGGUAUUAUUACUGACAUUGGGAUGAAAGCUGUAAAUGAAGUCUUCUCCUGCAUCAAGUACUUGGUGAUCUAUAACUGCCCUCACUUGCACAACCCAAAAAACUGGAUCACAGAUCACUCUCGUUGGACCCGGCUGGUUGAUCUGAGCCUGGUCCGCUGCCAUGCCAUAAAGUUGGAAUCUUUUAGUCAGUUUGUUGAGCUACUCCCCAGUUUGGAGUUUAUCUCGCUGGACCAGAUGUUUCGAGAACCUCCCAAGGGCUGUGCCCGUGUGGGUCUUAGUGCAGGCACUGGAAUUGGUGUGUCUUCUGCCUUGGUAAGCAAUCAGAACUCUAACAAUGAGAAUGAAAACAAUAACAACCACCAGAACAACAACAACAACCUGCAGCAUAACAAUAACCAACAACCACCACACAUACCACCACCACCACAGCAAGAGGAAGGAAAUGAUGAGCCAGACCUCAGACCAGAGAACAACGUGGAAGAACAGCAUAUUGCUGCUGAGGCUCUAAAUGACAUGGAAGAUGUGUCACAAGAUGAAUUAAGACUUCCAGAGCAAGAAAAUGAAGUUGCAGCUCCAAAUCUGGCUGAUAUACCUUUGGAUGAGGAACGAGCAGGACCCAGUGGGUUACAGCCAGUUGGGAAAGCUGCACCAAUCACAGUCCAUGACUCUGACAGCGAAGAUGAUGAUGACAUUGUUGGUAGUCGCAGUGAGUGUGGAACCUCAGUUAACUACCCUCAGGAGGACAGCAAAGGUGAACAGUUGGCAGAAUCUCGGGACAGCACAAUAACUGUAAGCGGGAAAGGCAAAGCACCUUUGCGUAAGAAGUGUAGCGUUGUAGCCAAGAGUCCAACAGAGCAGACCACGCCAAGUGAAGAGAGUAGCUGUGAAAAAGGUUGUCAGGUAACUAGUGAACAGAUCAAGGCAGAUAUGAAAGCAGCCAGUGAUCCAUCUGACCGGAACAAAAGCAAAGAUGGUUGUGGUGAGGUGGGCACAGCUGGAGGAGUCAUAAACGCUUGUGAAUCUGUUCCACAACAUAUGGACAACAAUGAUCACUCUGUGAAUGAAAGUUCUGACCGUUCUGCAGAAUCUGAUUUUUGUACAUGCAAUAGGACUGAGGAUGGUGAACCCAGUGCUGCUGCAGGACAAGCACCUAGUACACGCUGUCCCCAUUGUUCUAAACUUAUGAACCUGGAACAGACAAUGCAAAGGGGGAAUAGCGGGGGUGGAGAAGGGCCUCAGCCCUCCACUAGUCGGUCUUUUCCAGGGAAUGGCUCAGAGUACACACUCAGGACUCCACAAAGUGAACCACAAAGGACUAAUGCAGAAACAGAUCCAGCUGCUUCCCCAACCUUAUGCCGGACAGAACAGCGUGAACAGAAUCCACAGAGGCCUCUCACAAGGGCAAGAUCUCGGCUCUCUCAGGUGUCACUGGUGUCUGAUGGUGAAACAACACCAAAAAACAGAAAAUCUGUGAAGAGGAAACGCACUGCAGAUAAGUCCACAAGCACCAGUGAUCCUGUCAUUGAGGAUGACCAUGUACAGGUUUUGAACCUUAAAUCCAAGAAUCUUGUGGGUAUUACACUAACUAACUGUGGCAUUACAGACUUGGUUCUUAAGGACUGUCCCAAAAUGAUGUUCAUUCAUGCAACUCGAUGUCGUGUAUUAAAGCACUUAAAGGUUGAAAAUGCUUCCAUUGUGAAUCGCUUUGACUAUGCACAAUGCAAAAAGCUUAAUAUGGAACAGGUAUUGGACCAGAUUCUCAGAAUGCCUCCUGAGAGAAAUCGUAUAAUCUACUUACGUCCCAUGCAGCAAGUAGAUACUUUGACGUUGGAGAAACAGAUAUUUAGUGGUCCAUAUCCUUACCACAUCUGUAUCAUACAUGAAUUUAGCAAUCCACCUAAUGUAAGAAAUAAAGUCCGUGUGCGAAGCUGGAUGGACACCAUAGCAAACAUCAAUCAAGAGCUCAUUAAAUACGAAUUCUUUCCUGAGGCCACUCGGACAGAAGACGAAGUUAAGAAAUAUACAAAGUAUCCUUGGGGCCGGGACAUAUACACUCUGGAAGGCAUUGUUGAUGGUGCUCCAUACUCCAUGAUCACAGAUUUCCCAUGGCUGCGAUCGCUAAGAACUGCUGAACCAAACAGCUAUGCAAGAUAUGACUUUGAGGAUGAUGAAAAAACUACCAUAUAUGCUCCCCGGAGAAAAGGGCAACUGUCAGCUGACAUCUGCAUGGAAACAAUUGGGGAGGAGAUUUCAGAGCUGCGGCAGAUGAAGAAAGGCGUGUUCCAGCGAGUUGUUGCCAUAUUUAUACAUUACUGUGAUGUUAAUGGAGAACCUGUAGAAGAUGACUAUAUAUAGAAGUAAAAUAAUCACAGUCGUGUGAUGAUUGUACUGGAGGCCCAGACAGACCAAGAGGAGAUCCACGAAAAUUAAGAACAUUGCCAUUGGACCACUUGGCUGAAAGCAGUCCGUGCCGCUCAACUUCAGGUGGCUAUGUCUUGGAAGACCAGACUGUCUACUAAAGCAGCUCCAUGCCCUUUAUUCAAUUAGCACUAUGUCUUCCUGGAAGCUCUGAUACGGUGUUGGUGACAGUGGUGCACUUGGAUCUGAAAAAGUCUUCGCUGAUCCUUCUC